AUGGCGCUCACCCAAGCCCAGCAGAUCGAGCGUCUUGUGACGGCCUUUGGCGGCAAAAUACGUUUCGAAGAAGUUUCGCACCAUGAAGUCGAAGAAACCCCCGAGACCAUCGUGCUAGAUCCCCUCGUCAUGGAUCGUCAGACCGCUGCCAAUAAAGCUGCCUUCAAGGGCAAGUCCAUCACUCAGUCGACUCUCUCCAAGGCGACUCCUCCUUACGUUGGACCGCCUCUCAAGCCUUCCAAGUCCGACAAACUGGAGCCCGCCGACUUUAACGCUCUCAUCUCGCAGAACUUCCCAGAGUUCAAUAACAUGAGGGCCGGCGAUCUCUCUGAGGAUGGCAUGGCCUUCGUCGCGUGGGACCUAGCCCAACCUUUCUUUGAUGACAUGACUGAAGACCAGAUCUGGGACUUCUUCUAUGUCUACCAUCCUCAGGCCUUGGACAGGAUGCCUUACAUCUUCGUCCCAACCAAGCAAUUCCAGCACUUCCUUAACGUGAUCAACGCUUCGAUCCAGACGAUGCUGACCAUCCCCCCCGGCAAGCCCGGCGAAAUGUUCUACAUCAACUUCGGCUCGAGCUGCACCAUACGCCCAAAGUACAUCGCCCGCUCGGCUUCACACAACGAGUACCGUGCCCUCCGCGGAGCAAUCCCGCCCCCGGGAGUGGACGAUGCCUGUUCCAACGCCACCCCCUUGGGCAAGGAAAUGCUCCUGUCCCUACUCAACAUGCACAACAACUACAAAGACAUAAAGAUCAAGGGCAAGAAGAAGAAGCAGCAGAAGGCCCAGAGCCGUGACGAGUCGAUUUAUGACGCACAGUUGUACCUCGGUCUUCGCCCCAGGGCGAGUGAUGCCACUGAGAAGGACAGGCGGAUCGCGCUGGACAAGCCGUUACUCCACGCCCGGGACCAGGAUGUUGUGUUUGUGUGCAUCGAUAUUGAGGUUGCCGAGGAGCAUCAUGGUACCGUUCUCGAAAUCGGACUGUCGAUACUAGACACCAGGGACAUUGCCGGCGUCUCGCCCGGCGAGAAUGGCUGCAACUGGGUCCCGUUCAUCAGGAGUCGCCACCUCAUCACCGAUGAGCAUCGUCACAUCCGCAACCGCAAGUACAUCAAAGGCUGUCCCGAGCUCUUCAAUUUUGGUAUAAGCGAGUAUCCCAAGCUUAGUAACCUCGGCCCCUCAAUCAUUGCGGCCAUCACCAACCUCUCCGUCGCCGGCCAAGAGGGCAUCGCCGACGCCGACAGGCGGUUCCGCAACGUCGUUCUGCUCGGCCACGAUCUACGAUCGGAUAUCGGCUACCUGGAAAAAAUGAACGUAGAGUUAUGGGGCGUCGGCGGCGUCAUGAGCCGAACCCUCGACACCAAGGACAUGUACCAGGCCUGGCGACAGGAGACACAGGGCCGCAGCUUGGCCGCGGUGCUCACCGAUCUGGGCAUACCGCACAGCAACCUCCAUAACGCGGGAAACGACGCGGCUUACACCAUGCAAGCGAUGCUUGGCCUGGCGGUUGCGGCGAGAGUUGAUAAGGGUCAGAAGAAGGACCUGGACAUGGAGGCUCAAGGACAGUUGGCUGAUGCCUGA